CCCCCGCUCCCUCCUUCCACCCUCAGCGCACGCUCCUGGAGCCCUUUUGCGCGCUAGGCGAGGUGAGGGGAAAGGGGGACCGUCCAUUGCUCGUCAGCCGCCGGCGCCAUGGCCACCCUCAGUGAAAAUGUCCUCUUUGGAAUGGGCAACCCCCUCCUUGACAUCUGUGCUGUGGUGGACAAGGAUUUCCUCGACAAAUACGGGUUGAAACCAAAUGACCAGAUCUUGGCAGAGGAGAAACAUAAAGAGCUAUUUGAAGAACUGGUGAAAAAAUUCAAGGUAGAAUAUCAUGCUGGUGGGUCUACGCAGAAUUCCGUUAAAGUGGCACAGUGGAUGAUCCAGUUCCCCCACAAAGCUGCAACCUUUUUUGGCUGUAUCGGAACCGAUAAAUUUGGUGAGAUCCUGAAAAGAAAAACGGAGGAAGCUCAUGUGGAUGCUCACUACUAUGAACAAAGCGAAGAACCGACAGGAACCUGCGCUGCAUGCAUCACCAGUGAUAACAGGUCUCUGAUUGCUAACUUGGCUGCUGCUAAUUGCUAUAAGAAGGAAAAUCAUCUUGAUGUGGAGAAGAACUGGAAGCUGGUGGAAAAAGCUAAAGUUUAUUAUAUUGCAGGUUUCUUCUUGACAGUGUCUCCAGAAUCCAUAAUGAAAGUCGCAAUUCAAGCUUCUGCAAACAACAAGAUCUUCACUUUAAAUCUUUCUGCACCAUUCAUUAGCCAGUUCUACAAGGACCAACUGAUGGAAGUCAUGCCUUACGUUGACGUCCUGUUUGGGAAUGAAACGGAAGCUGCCUCUUUUGCUCGGGAGCAAGGCUUUGAGACAGAGGACAUUGAAGAGAUCGCCCGAAAGACUCAGGCACUGAAAAAAGCAAAUCCGAAAAGACCGCGGGUGGUGGUGAUUACUCAAGGGAAGGAUGACACCAUCAUGGCCACAGAAAAUGAAGUAAGAACUUUCCCAGUCUUAAUUAGUGACCAGAGUGAGAUCGUUGACACUAAUGGAGCCGGAGAUGCCUUUGUAGGUGGCUUCCUGUCUCAGUUGGUCUACGAGCGGCCGUUGACGGAGUGCAUCCGUGCCGGGCACUACGCUGCCAGUGUGAUCAUCAAGCGUUCCGGUUGCACCUUCCCAGAGAAACCCGAUUUCAAAUGAUACCGGCACGCUGAGGGCUCCAUAGGAAACGCUGCCGACUUCCUGUCCCCCUGUGACCCUGCAUUGGCCUUUCUGUACUUCUGUUCAUUUAGACCUCGGACACAUCUCUUGGAUACCCUUCUCCCCACGUCGUCGUCAUCCUG